AUGUGCAACCACAACGGUGGCAAGGAUUCGCCUAUGCAGCCAAACAUAAACACCUCGGAUCCGGAAAGACCUCCUCAGUUCAACGCGAGGAAUUGCAACUUUGACUGCGAUUCCGGCUGCAACAAGGAUAGCGACGACGAGGGUGGCGGGGCCGAGAUGGAUGGCCAGACGGUCAUCGGCGAGGAGGAAAACGUGCAUUCAGAUGCAGAGGCGCAGGAUGAAAGUGGUGGAGAGUCUGAAGAUCUCAGGGGAUCCGAGGAGUUCAUGCCGGACUCUGGUGAGUCCGCUUCGGACGGUACGGGCAGCGAGUUUUUGUCUUCGCUGGAGACUGGCGAUAUGUCUGUGAGUAUGGUGGUUGAGCCAGCUUCGUCGGGGGACCGCAGCCCAGUAAUUUGUGCGAGCGUUCCGGCUCGCAGCUUGUCGUCCAACCCAGGAAAUACUAUACUUUUGGCAGGCCUCAUGCGGGUCCCAUCUCCCUUGCCAAUGAGUUACUACUUUCUCCAAAAACCUUUGCGCCUCAGUGCGCAGAUUGAGCAUUGUAGAGGGGAUCCGGCAUCGCAUCUGGUCGCGCCGGAUCGUGUUCGGUUGUCAUCCUUGAUGGAGCAG